AUGAACGUUAAGCUCGCGUAGUCGAAGUAUCUUCAAGCAGCUGGAAACAUCUAUAACUCCAAUACUAAGACUAACAAUGAUUAAAAAGAGAAAAUUGACCCCUUUGCAUAUAAUCAUAUUUGCGAUCACCCGGCCACUUAUUAAGUUAAGAAGAGACCAUUGAAAAAAGAGUAAUGGCAAUCAGUUACUGAUAUGUCUGGAAGGGGUUUUACAGCAAAUUAAUCCUCACUUGGAGGUAAAAAGCACGUUAGGAAUCAAUCAAAAAUUAAUCUAGACUAAGACAAUAGAUUCUUCGAUGAUAAUAAGAGGAUUUAUGAAACUUAUGGAACUUUAAGAAGGACCUAUUAGGGUGGAUAUUAGGAAUAAUCACAAGAAAAAUAAUUGACUUAAUCAGCUACUUAUUUACCAAAACCGACAUUCUUCCAUCAUAUAGAAAAUGAAUAGGUUAAGUAGCAGCAAAAUUAUCAAUAAGAAUUGAUGGCAUAAGGUGGCUAAUAAUUUUAUAGCAAACCAACAGAGGAAAUUAUUCAUGCUGAAAAUAAUAACAGCAAUCAUGUAGCAGUAAAUGACCCAUGUUUAAAUCAAAAUAUAAAUGAUCAACACAUAUAGCAAAUUGAGCAUAUAAAAACUGAAGCAACCUAAAUAAGCACACAUUAAGCUCAUUAAAGCUUAAAGAAAAGUAUUCCAAAGUAAAAAUCACCAGGCAAAGUAGUGAUUUUAAAGUAAUAGCUUAAUGAUUUAAAAAAGAAAAGUUAUACCCCUAAAAAUUAUUCUAAGAGACCUUAGUCAAGUAAAUAAUAGCAGACUGCUAAAUUUAACUAAUAGAUAUAAAAUAAUACCAACACCAAGAGAAGUGAUAAUUAAUAAUCGGCAGCUAUACAAGAUAACAAUGAAUGGACAUUAGGUAAGAGAAAUGACCUUGAAAAUGCUUUAAAAGAAUCUCACAAGAACAAUGAAGUAGUAUCAGUUAAUUAAGAAAUUCCUGAUUCUACAUUACCAUAAGCAGAUGAGAAGUCCAUACAAAAUAGAAAUAAUGAAAUAAAAGCUGAAGAAAAUUAAUAAGCAAUUUCUUAAUAGCAGUAGUAGACAUAAUCUUCCAGGGGCUUCAAGAAAAGUGGGAAAUAAUAAAAACCAGAUGAGGAAAAUAUUUGGCAAAGUUCUUAUAAUUCAAGCUAUAAACCUUUUAAGACUGAGGUUUACACUGUUAAUUUUAGAGAUCCACAGAGGAAGAUGGUCUUGGGGCCAUUUACAGCUGCUUGA